AUGGAUGCAAGUCACUUCAACCCCCAGGACCCCCUGCGCUCCCCAAAGGCCCCCAAGCCAGUCCUGGUGAACCAGACCAUGCAGCAGAAGCCCCCCAGCACGGAGAGCGACAGACUGCCCCAAAAGAACGGGGCGGUGGUCAUCGACAUGGGCACAGGCACCUGUAAGGUGGGCUUCGCGGGGCAAACCCUGCCCACCUACACCAUGGCCACCAUCGUGGGCUGCCAGCCCAAGAAGUCUGCCACCGGGGGGCAGCCGGUGCUAGAGACAUUCCUCGGCCAGGCGGCGCGCUCACGCCCGGAGCUGGCGCUGGUGCAGCCCGUGCGCAAUGGCAUCGUGGUGGACUGGGAGGCAGCCGAGCUCAUCUGGCGCCACAUGUUGGAACACGACCUGCGCGUGGCCACCCGGGACCACCCGCUGCUUUUCUCCGACCCGCCCUUUAGCCCCGCCACCAACCGUGAGAAGCUGGUGGAGGUGGCCUUCGAGUCGCUGCGCUGCCCGGCCAUGUACGUGGCUGCCCAGUCCGUGCUGUCCGUGUACGCGCACGGGCGGGUCAGCGGGCUGGUGGUGGACACGGGCCACGGGGUCACCUGCACGGUGCCCGUCUUCCAGGGCUACAACCUGCCGCACGCCCUGGAGCGCCUGGACCUGGCGGGCAGCCACCUGACGGCCUUCCUGGAGGAAGCGCUGCGCCGCGCGGGCUGGCCGCUGGGGCAGCAGCCGGACCUGGACUUGGUGGAGAGCAUUAAGCGGCGCUGCUGCUACGUGGCCGCCGACGUCCGCGGGGAGCUGGCGCGGCCGGAGCAGGAGGGCCGGCAGACCCUGAGGCUGCCGGACGGACGGACGCUCACGCUGGGCGAGGAGCUGUUCCGGUGCCCCGAGCUGCUCUUCGCGCCCCCCGAGACCCCAGGGCUGUCGCCGGUGGGUGUCCCCGCCAUGGCUGCGCGGAGUCUGCACAAGGCGCCCCCGGAGGUGCGGGCGGACGUGGCCCGGAACGUGCUGCUCUGCGGGGGCUCCUCGCUCUUCGCGGGGUUCGAGGGUCGCUUCCGAGCCGAGCUGCUGCGCGAGCUGCCGCCGGAGCCCCGCGUGGUGGUGACCGCGCAGCCCAGCAGGGGCUUCUCGGUGUGGACCGGCGGCUCCAUCCUGGCCUCGCUGCGCGCCUUCCAGUCCUGCUGGGUCCCGCGCGAGCAGUACGAGGAGUGGGGUCCCCACGUCGUGUACCGUCAAUGCUCCUGA